AUGUCGCUGGAUGAGGUGACACGGCGUUGGCUGCAGCGCCUCGUCUCGCGAGCACUCGAUGUCGAACCUUCGGCUGUCGACCAACUCCUGGUGGUAAGCAAGACUGCGGAUAGCACAGAAGAGCAUUCAGCAGCAGAGCUUGUGCAAUCAUUCUUUUCACCUAAGGCCGCAGCUGGUAGUAUUUUAUUCUUCUACAAGGGAGAAGAACAAUACGAACUCGAAGAGGAAGUGGAAGAAGAGGUUGAGGUGACGAGAGAAGCCACCCCAACAGAUCCUCCAAGUGAUGGCUUGUCGUCAGCUGAACCGACGGAUGAGCAAUUGUUUCUUGAUGCAGAGGCUCCAACACCGCAAACAGAGACGGUCAAGAGACUGGUGAAGCGAUCACGAUCAGCUAAACGCUCAGUUUGUCACGCAUUCUUGAAUACCCUACCAGCAGAGUCCUCGGAAUCCGCUUCAGUAUUCUUAAUCAAGGUGGCUGCUGGACCAAUUACAGUCCAAAACGUUGUGACCGAUGGACACGAGAAAGUGGUGCACUCGAACGUGGAGCUUGGUUGCUCGACAGGGGACUUGCUGUCUAAUCUAGAAGGAGUCAUCUGCAACGUGUUCAUGCCGUUACUAGAUCCUCAACUUACUAGACCGGAUAAUUCUAACGGACGACCAGAAGGCGACGAGAAUGGAGCAAAGAACUCAACUGCAGCGCAUCAGGCGCUCAAGGUCAUCGACGCUGUACGCAACGAGUUCAAGAGCAACUUGGUCAAAUUCUCGUCUCAGAUCUCCAACGCCAUUCAACAGAUUCAGGGCGACAUUCACUUGAACAUCCCUGAUGUGGUUAUCACGAAGCCUGAAUCUCAUUUGGACGACUACGAGCUCAUUAACAGACUGGAACAGGCACUAGAGGAAUGGUCCAAGAGUGUAGCCAGUGUAGUAGAACAGGAAAUUCGCAAGACCCCAAAACGCAAGGGACCACUCGCCGAGAUCGAGUUCUGGAGGGAGCGUAACGCUACAUUGAGCACCAUCUUCGAGCAGAUCAACAUGCCCACAGUCCAGAAGAUGCUCAAGCUGCUGGAACUUGUUGAAGCGAGUAUGCUUCUUACUUUCAAGUAUCACUUCUCGGAGCUCAGUAAACUCUAUGUGGAAGCGAAGGACAACGUCAAGUUCCUCACGACUUUGGAGCGCCACUUCAAAAACAUCGCGAGUGGUUCCUUCUCAGCGAUAGCAGACACACUGCCGUCCAUGAUGAACGCUAUCCGUAUGGUCUGGAUUAUAUCGCGGCACUACAAUACGGAUGAACGUAUGGUGCCGUUGAUGGAGCGUAUCGCUUCGGAGAUCGUGGAUAAAGUGGCGGUGGAGAUCAAUAUCCACACCAUCUUACGUAAGAGUCCGGAUAACGCAUUGCACGCGAUUGAAGAGGCCAAAAUGGUGCUUGAACUAUGGCACUCGACAUACAUGAAAGUUCGUGAACGCAUUGAAGCUAGUGGCACAGACCAUCGCUGGGAGUUCGACCGUAAGCGGCUAUUUGAACAAACCAACUACAUGGCCAAAAUCUGCGAGAAUCUGCAAGAAGUGGCUACAGUUUUGGACCAAUUCAACAAGUUUUUAGGUCCAGAACUCAAGUCUGUGACGGGAGAUUCACAGGGAAUUGACGAAGUUAUGGCACGUGUUGAAAGUCUCAUUGCACCGUUCGAGAGCGUCCCGUUUAAGAUCUUCGAUCGCGGCUACAAGACCAGCUGGGAGUCGGUCAUGGUGCAGUUUAGAGACAAAGUGAGCGAGAUCGAGCAAAUGACACGGAAAUUCAUCGACACGUCCUUCCAGAAGCUUCGGUCAGCGGAAGGAGCGUUUGAUCUGCUGCAGAACUUUCAGAACAUCCAGUCACGCGACUCCAUUAACAAACAGAUGAUGGAGAAUCAGAUCCACAAAAGCAGCAAAAUGGUGGAAGAAAUCGUGAUGGACAUUGAGAGCACGCUGCUCAUCAAGAUCGAGGAUUUCGGGGAAGGCGUCGUGACGGAGGUAGGCGAAUUCUACGAGCUAGUUGAACGCAACCGUAUGCAGCGUAUUGAGGAGCUCGUGCAAAGCUACCGUUCUAUCGGUCCUCUACUGAUUAAGGUGGAAGAAAUCGUAGCCGGUGUGAAUACCGGUGCAAGUCCGAAGAUGUCAACAUACUACAUGUACUGGGAGCGACGGAUUUUUAACGCUAUCACCAAGAUGAUUAUUGCCUCUAUGACGACAUUCCAGGCGCUGCUUAAUGUCCACACAAAAGACAUUAGCAGUGCUAUCUCCAUCAUGGGCCAAGGAGAAGGAGGUAAGCUCAAACGUCCACCUCUUUGCAAAGUGAAGGCCACCAUGAACGGCAAGGAUAUCAUCGUGACGCCCUCUCUUUCCGACAUGUACAAGUAUCUGAGUAAAUCAGUGAAACAUAUCGUCGAGAGCGCCAAGGCUUUUAUCCGUUGGAUGCACGGAACAUGUCGCGAAACCGCACCACUCGUAGUUAAUGAGGACGAAGAGCCAAUCACCUUUACUUUCUACUCGGAUAUCUCGCAGAACCCAUACGUUAUCAAGAUGACGCUGUCACUGAACCAAGAGAUCCACAAGGUCUUCAACAUCGUGAACCGGUAUCUGGAUAGUUGGCGGCGAUACGAUACUGUUUACAACCUCUGGAACACUAAACGUCGUAGUGCACUUGAAAAAUUGGCCGACAAGAAGCCUCCGUGUGUGUAUUUCGACACAAGAAUGGCUCAGUAUACUCGACUAGCAGAGUCUGUACGCAACCAGCCCACCGAGAAAGACACAGAUUUCUUGCAGAUUAAUUGUCUACCCCUCGCGAUUUCUAUCGCGAAACAGGCGGAGAUGUGGAAGGACGACUACGGUAAAAUACUGCUCGAAGUGUCGAAUAAAAAGCUCGUAGCGAUCAGCAACACUAUGGACCAACUUGAAACCGAGUUGGAGUCAAUACCGGAAGAUCUCGAGUCGCUUAAGAAGGUGCUGAACACUGUCGCGAGUAUCAGCGACAUGGGGAUGGAAAUGGAACUAGAAUACGCCGACAUCAUCGAGCGAUACCGCACGCUCCAGACAUUUAACAUUGCUGGAGAUCCAGCGGAGUUUAAGAAGGCGUUCUCUUUAGAACAGCGCUGGAAGGACCUGUAUAUCGCCUCGAAAACGAAAGAUUUGCGGCUGGUGAAGGUGAAAGAUCAAUUUCGAGGUGUGACAAAGCAGGACGCAGUGAACUUUGCAGAGGAAUGCAAGGAUAUGAAGAAGGAGUUUCUAGAACGCGGACCCGGCACGUGUUCGCUUGACCUCGACGCUGGACUCGAGUUAGUGUCUGUAUUUAAGAAGAAACUCGCUGUGUUUAAGUCGAGACGCCAGGAGCUUGCGAACGCUGAGAAUCUGUUUUCGUUGCCUAUCACAUCGUAUCCAGAGCUACAGCAAAUUACGGAAGCGUUGGAGAAGCAGGAGGUGAUCUACGAUCUGUACACUGAGCAGAAGGAGUUCAUCAGCAACUUCUCCAGCAUGUUAUGGGCGGAACUGGAUGUGACAGCCAUGAAUAAAGGUAUUGAGGAGCUCGAGAAACGCUGUCGUAAGAUCCCCAAGGAUUUGAAGGCGAUGUCUACAUUCGUGGAAGUGGAGAAGCAGAUCUUAUCCUUUAAAGAGAGUAUCCCUCUGAUCCAGAGUCUUAAAAACGAAGCUGUGAAGCCUCGACACUGGGAGGAACUUAUGGCAGUCACACAGGUGCGUUUCGAUAUGAACUUGAAGACUUUUACCCUUGGAAACCUCUUUGCCAUGAAGUUGCAUCGCUUCUCGAAUGAAAUCGGUGAGAUCGUGAAUGCAGCGACGCAAGAGCAAAAGAUCGAGCAGGAGAUUAUCAAGAUCGAAGACUCGUGGUCUAAAGCAGUAUUAGAGCUCGUCAAGUACAAAAAGAACGGCACUGAUCGCGGCUGGGUGCUCCGAGCCGCUGACGAGCUCAAAAUCACGCUAGAAGACCACAUGCUCAACCUCCAGACAAUGUCUGGUUCACGCUUCAUCGCGAGCUUUGCCGAGCGUGUUCGCAAGUGGGAAAAGCGUCUCGGAGUCGUGAAUGAGUGUUUGGAUAUCUGGUUCGUUGUACAGCGCAAGUGGAUGUAUCUCGAGAGCAUCUUCGUUGGCGCAGAGGAUAUUCGACAGCAGUUACCAGAAGAAGCGAAGAAAUUCGAUGCUAUUGAUAAAGCGUGGAAGACCAUCAUGGGCGCUACAUACAAGAACGCCAACGCAGUGGAAGCCUGCACUGCUGAGAACCGGGUGGAGACACUACAUUCUCUUUCUGAACGACUAGACAAGUGUCAAAAGUCUCUGAGUGAUUACCUCGACACGAAGCGCAAUUCUUUUCCACGGUUCUUCUUCAUCUCAGAUGACGAGUUACUCAGUGUUCUAGGCUCUUCAGACCCGACUUCGAUUCAAGUUCACAUGCUGAAACUCUUUGAUAACGUUAAAUUACUGGGCUUUGUACGCAACAACAAGAAUGUCGGUGCGAUGGAGAGUGCUGAAGGAGAAGGAUUUCAAUUCCGCACACUCGUCAUGGACGACAACAAGCUGCUUACUCUACCCAAUGGUGAGCGUAUCCGACUUCAAACUCACUGUUGUAUGAUCUGUGAGACUUUCGAUCUACAAUACGCUUCACCUGCUACCAUUAGCCGUUGUGGAAUGGUUUGGGUCGAUCCGAAGAACCUCGGAUAUCGUCCGUACUACGAACGCUGGCUGAAGAAAAAAUAUCCAAUGGUAGCAGUUACUGCAUCUACCGACACACCGCCAAGUGUUAUUUCUCCACCUCCUGGAACUCUAGUGACCCCAUUGGAACGAAUUUUACUACUCGAAUUGUUUGACAAGUACGUGCCCAAAUGUAUCGAUUUCAUCCUGGACGGAGUCUUCAGUAAAGACGAGGUCGUAGCCAAAUGCCAGCAGGUGAUCCCGAUCAGUAACAUGGAAAUGUGCAAACAGCUCUGCAUUUCGCUGGAUGCUUUCUUACCAAGUGAUGGAUCUUUAGACCCGACAACAGAUCGUGCUAGUGUCGAAGGGAUCUUUUUGUUCAGUGUGGUGUGGUCUCUAGGCGCUGCUCUGCUAGGUAGCAGUCGAGCGCGAUUUAACGAGUUCAUCCGGAAGAUAGCAGACUGUCCGCUGCCUGCAACGAGUCUGUAUUACAACUUCUUCGACUUGGAGACUCGCAAGUGGCAGCCAUGGGAAUCGCGAGUCGUGUCGUAUACCGAACCAGCGCCAUUCAACUUUUCACGAGUGUUUGUCCCCACCACCGACUCGGUUCUCUACAGCUUCAUCCUUGCUAGUUGCAUGCGAACAGAGAAGCCAAUCCUGUUCGUAGGAGAGAGCGGUACAGCCAAGACUGUGACGAUCCAGAGUUAUCUCGCGGGUUUAGACCAGCAGACUUGUUCGACGUUGAGUAUUAACUUCUCGAGUCGUACAAGUAGUCUGGACGUCCAGACGAACAUUCAAGCUAACGUUGACAAGCGCUCGGGCAAGAUUUACGGACCUCCGGCAGGUAAGAAGCUGUUGAUCUUCAUCGACGACUUGAAUAUGCCCAAGGUGGAUUUGUACGGAACACAGCAGCCCAUUGCACUUCUUCACUUUGUGAUGAACCGUGGUAGCAUGUACGACCGUGGCAAAGAACUGGAUCUGCGUAUUCUCAAAGAUUUACUCUUUAUCGGCGCUAUGGGACCUCCUGGUGGUGGUCGGAACCAAGUGGAUCCACGAUUUGUGGCUCAAUUCAACGUAUACAACCUCACGCCACCAACAAAAGAAGUGUUAAAACACAUUUACGGAUCAAUAGUGACCACUUAUCUGCGCAACUUUAGCGAAGAAAUCCAAGCCAAGGGAAUCAAGUUAACCGAAGCUCUUCUUCAGUUUUUCGAGUUUACACUCGAGAAAUUACCGCCCACUCCAUCAAAGUUCCACUACAUCUUCAAUCUACGUGAUCUCGGUCGUGUCUGUGAAGGUAUCUGCAUGGCUACGACCGAUAAAUUCGAUACUUCUGGCAAGAUUGUGCGUCUAUGGCGCAACGAAGUGAAACGCAUUUUCUGUGAUCGUCUCACCAGCGAGUCCGACAAUGCGCUAGUGGACGGUGCCAUCACACAGAUUUUGCGUGAUACGUUUCCUGACGAAACCGAAGUAGCUUCUGCUGAUCCGCUCAUCUUCGGAGACUAUGCGGAUUGUAUUGGACGGAUCACGGGCCAAGCAUCAACCGAAGACGCUCGCUUGUACCAAGACAUGGAGUCGUAUCGACGUAUUCGUGGCAUCUUCGAUGAAGCGCUGGAGACAUACAACUUGGAUAACAAACCGAUGACUUUAGUGCUCUUUGAAAUGGCAUUAGAGCAUCUGUCGAGGAUUCUACGUAUCAUCCGGAAUCCUCUGGGUCACGCUCUACUUAUCGGUGUGGGUGGUAGUGGAAAGCAGAGUCUUAGUUCGGGUAAUAUUCUGGAUAACGAGGAGCUCAUUGCUACACUGGAUGAGACCAAGAAUAAAGCUACCGAAAUUAGCGCCAAGUUAGAGUUAGCGAGCUUCACCAAGGACGAGAUCACUAAAGCUCGUGAGGUGUAUACACCAGUAGCGCUGCGUGGAUCCAUCAUGUACUUCGCUAUGGCUGCGCUCGCGACGAUCAUGAAGAUGUACGAGAUCUCGCUCGCAAGUUUCUUAACCGUAUUCCAUACAGCACUCGAGACAGCUAAACGAGAUGUCGUACUGGAGAAAAGACUACGAUUUAUGGUACAGUCGAUCACAGAGAUGAUGUACGACUACACUUGCACGGGUAUCUUCGAGCGACAUAAACUCAUGUUCUCGUUCCAGAUGACGUGUAUGAUCAUGAGUGCUUCGGGUGAGCUUAGCCGCGCUGAGCUUGAUUUCUUUUUAAAGGGAGAUACGUCUCUAGAUGCUGCGUCUCAACCGAAACCUGAGGACCUUACGUGGGUAUCAGGUGCUGGAUGGAAGGAUUUGCUGUGUCUAAGCAAGUUAGGCGAAGAAGGUGGUGUAUUUGCGUCGUUAAUGUCGGACUUUAAGACCAAGACAAGCGAGUGGAAAGCUUGGUACGACCUGGAAGCUCCCGAGUUAGCAGACCUUCCGUGUGGGUAUUCCGACAAACUAUCUAGUCUUCAGAAGCUGUUAGUCUUCAGGUGUUUCCGUCAGGAUCGUGUGUAUAAUGCUAUGAAGUUGUUUGUGAUAGCAACGAUGAGCGAGAAAUUCGUACAGCCUCCAGUCUUGGACUACGCCCGGAUCUACAGCCAGAGUGCUGCUACUUCGCCUAUAGUGUGCAUCCUGAGUCCAGGAGCUGAUCCGCAGAGCGACAUUCAGACUCUGGGAGACGAAUACGGCUUCUCAGGACAUCGAUUCAAGUUCUUAGCGCUGGGUCAAGGCCAAGGACCAUUAGCUGAGCAGAUGUUGGAAGCGGGUGCUUCGCGCGGCCACUGGGUGUUACUACAGAACUGCCACUUGUUAGCGAGUUGGCUACGGACGUUAGAGAAAAUGCUGUUGGCUAUGACGAAACCUCACAAAGAUUUCCGCUUGUGGCUUACUACUGAGCCUACCGAUCGAUUCCCGCUUGGAAUCCUGCAAAGAUCAUUGAAAGUGGUGACAGAACCUCCUGAUGGACUGAAGCAGAACAUGCGUAGUUUGUACUCCAAACUGGAUCAAACUAUGCUGGACGAGUGCCCUCAUCCAGCAUUCCGCUCGGUUGUAUACGUUUUGUGUUUCUUGCAUGCUGUGGUGCUAGAGAGACGGAAAUACGGCAAGAUUGGCUGGAAUGUGAGCUAUGACUUUAACGAGUCGGACUUUACAAUUUCAAGAAAGUUACUGAGUCUCUAUCUCUACAAGGCAUAUGAGGACCAAGAUGAACAAUUACCGUGGGGAUCACUUAAAUACCUUAUCGGAGACGCUAUGUAUGGAGGUCGUGUCAGUGAUGAUUACGAUCGACGCAUCCUCACGACAUACUUAUCCGAGUAUAUGGGCGAUUUCCUCUUUGAUGAUUGCCAGAGAUUUUACUUCAGUCGAUCAGGGUUUGACUAUGUGCUUCCUGGAGCAUUGAACGCCUCGGUCAGCUCAAUCUGGUGCCGGAGUCUCGCGUGA